UGAGCAUGGUCACAUGCUUCUAAUUCAACAAUGAAGCGUUACGUCUACAUCAAUGAUGAUGAAUCUUCACAUGAUCUGUAUUGUGCCAAUCGCAUUUCGAACACAAAAUAUAAUUUGUUGAACUUCCUACCGAAGAAUUUAUGGGAACAAUUUAGCCGCUUCAUGAACCAGUACUUUCUACUAAUAGCAUGCCUUCAGUUAUGGUCUCUUAUUACUCCAGUAAAUCCUGCUAGUACAUGGGGUCCACUUAUUUUCAUUUUUGCUGUCUCUGCAACAAAAGAGGCAUGGGAUGAUUACCACAAAUUUCUUUUAGACAAGAAAGCGAAUGACAAAGAAGUUUGGGUUGUGAGGCAGGGCAUAAAGAAACAUGUUCAAGCACAGGAUAUUCAUGUGGGUAAUAUAGUAUGGCUCCGAGAGAAUGAUGAAGUGCCAUGUGAUCUGGUUUUGAUUGGGACAUCUGAUCCGCAAGGAAUGUGCUAUGUUGAGACUUCUGCUCUAGAUGGUGAAACUGAUCUAAAGACCAGGUUUAUUCCCUCAGCUUGCAUGGGGAUUGAUCUAGAAGUCUUGCACAAAAUCAAGGGUGUGAUUGAGUGCCCUGUUCCUGACAAGGACAUUAGAAGAUUUGAUGCAAAUUUACGGUUGUUUCCUCCUUUUAUUGAUAACGAUCUGUCCCCAUUAACCAUUAAAAACACAAGUCUUCAGUCAUGUUACUUGCGGAAUACCGAAUGGGCAUGUGGAGUAGCUGUUUAUACAGGCAAUGAAACCAAGUUGGGUAUGAGUAGGGGCAUACCUGAACCAAAGCUUACAGCUAUGGAUGCUAUGAUUGACAAGUUGACUGGAGCUAUAUUUGUUUUUCAAAUUGUCGUUGUUAUGGUUCAUUUAAUCUCUUCCUUGAUGCAACAUCUGAUCGUUGGUAACCUGAAAAUUCUAUUAUAGAGAAGUUAAAGUCAAGGCCAUUGUUGGCAUUGCAGUUUUAUAUACUAAUAGAAACUAUUUUUACUUUUUUUUAUUACAGCUCAUAGUUGCAGCAGGGAUGGGUCCGAUUCUUGCUAUAAAGUUCUUCCGGUACACGUACAGACCAAGUAAAAUCAAUACGCUUCAGCAGGCUGAACAUUUGGGUGGACCUAUUCUGUCACUGGGCAACAUUGAGCCCCAAGCAAGAUCAAUAGAGAAAGAUGUUACUCCUUUGUCCAUAACUCAACCCAAGAACAGAAAUCCAGUUUAUGAACCCCUAUUAUCAGAUUCAC